CAACCGUCAAAACGCACGCGCGUAGUACACGUAAUCCAUAAUCCACCAUGAAAGCAAUUACCGUGCUAUUGCUGAUUGCUUUGGUUACUGUAGCCAGUUCCGAAGACAUUGACUGGUCCAAGGUGCGGCCAAUCGAAGAUUUCGAUCAUUACUGGGCACGGUUUCCCACCGAAUUACAAUACCUGCGAUACACGGUUCCAAGUGCAAGAGUGACAAAUGGACGCGAAGCCACUCCCGGGCAGUUUCCUUAUCAAGUGGCGUUGGUUAUUAAUUUCGCACAAGGCAGCGGAUUGUGUGGAGGCUCGAUUAUAUCCAACGACUACAUUUUGACCGCAGCUCAUUGCGUUCUGGGUGCCAGCGGAGGAACAGCCCUAGUUGGAGCCCACAAUCGAUUGAACAAUGAACCUUUUCAACAGUCUAUAGUGUUCGAACUCAAUGGAAUCACGAUUCAUCCGGAGUACACCUCGAAUACAAUCAGAAACGAUAUUGCCACCAUUCGGUUGACCAAUUCGAUCGUAUUUGAUGAACGCGUUCAGCCGGUACGUUUACCAAGUCUGAACGACACCCGUACAUUCUCUGGACGAAUGGCAACCGUUUCCGGUUGGGGACGAUUAUCUGACACCAGUCCUAAUACAUCUCCGGUGGUUCGCUUUGCCACCAAUCCCAUUAUCACCAACGCCAAUUGUUUGGACCAAUGGAACAAUGCCGUUAAUGUGAUUCAGACGCAGAACAUUUGCCUCUCCGGCAAUGGUGGACGAUCGGCUUGCAAUGGGGAUUCGGGAGGCCCGCUAACGAUCCAGGAGGACGGCGAAAGUGUUGAGGUAGGAAUCGUUUCUUUCGGAUCCACGGCUGGAUGCGCUGCCGGAUGGCCUUCGGUAUAUGUUCGAGUCACACACUUCUUGGACUGGAUCCUGGAGAACUCUGACAUUGGGGAACAAGCUGUAUGAGCAGAUUAUGUGAUAAAUAUAGAUUCAAAUUGUAUAA